AUGCGGCUGAUACAGAGUAGAGACAUUUCGAUCGACUGGACAUGCCUGUUGAUGAAAUUUGUUGGCAUAUGGCUCGCGGCCGAUCAGGCCGAACAACGACGAAGAAACGCGGCGCUGAUCUACACGAUCAACGCGAUGUGCAUCAUCACGUGCGUCGCGUUCAGAGAUAUCUAUUUCUCCUGGGGGAACGUUGGCAUCGCCGUUUUGUAUACGAAUCGAAUGGAAUUCUUUGAACUAGUCCGAUACACGCAAAAGAAUUUCUGGCAUUCGAACUACGACUUUGAGGAAUCCAUGAUUCUGGACAAUUGCAGAAGGAUAUCCGGAAUUUUCGUCAUUACACUUAGCUUUUGCACCCAGGGCACUUGUGCUGGAUACAUGGUGACACCACUAGUAGAAAAUAUCGGAAAAAACGAAACCGACAGGAUUUUACCGUUCAACAUGUGGGUCAGUUUUCCCGUGGAGAAGUCGCCAUACUUCGAGGCGCUGUUCACGAUGCAGAUCCUGUGCGUGUAUCACGUCGGUGUCUGUUAUAUUUCUUUCGAUAAUUUCUUCUGCCUCUUGAACCUGCAAGUAGCUAGUCAAUUUCGCAUACUGCAACACAGGCUGAAUAAUUUGAACAGCAUCGUCGAGGUGGAAGCCGACAGCAACGAAAGCUUAACCAGAUACGCGAGAACCUAUCAAGCGAUGUUGGCGAAUUGCGUUCGACAACAUCAGGCGCUUAUCGAAUACUGUAAACACAUUGAGAAUAUAUUUACAAGGAUCAUACUCGGGCAGAUGCUGUUUCUGAGCUUGAUUAUGUGCCUCGUGGGAUACCAGCUGUUUUUGGCAGAUACGCCUCCAUCUCGUAGCGUUGGCCUGUUCCUAAAUUUGUUCGGUACACUGGUGCAACUCUUGAUGUUCACGUACAGUUGCGAUGGCAUAAUACGUCAAAGCCUGAACGUCAGCAAAGCGAUACUGUCCGGACCGUGGCCGAAGUUGCCAAUGAACAGACUUGGCAGAAUUCUGCGGAAGAACAUAUUAUUCAUGAUUUUACGGGCGAACCAACAUUGUUGCGUCACAGCUAGCGGUUUUUUCCCGGCAGAUACGCCUCCAUCUCGUAGCGUUGGCCUGUUCCUAAAUUUGUUCGGUACACUGGUGCAACUCUUGAUGUUCACGUACAGUUGCGAUGGCAUAAUACGUCAAAGCCUGAACGUCAGCAAAGCGAUACUGUCCGGACCGUGGCCGAAGUUGCCAAUGAACAGACUUGGCAGAAUUCUGCGGAAGAACAUAUUAUUCAUGAUUUUACGGGCGAACCAACAUUGUUGCGUCACAGCUAGCGGUUUUUUCCCGGUAUCGUUAGAAACAUUCACUCGGGUUCUCAGCACCGCGAUGUCAUAUUUUACCUUACUGAGACAACAAACUCUCGAUAAGGUGUGA